GUGCUGUCAUUUGCUCUCCUUUCUGAUGAAGAAAAAGUAAUGUCUUGGAAAGGCAACCAUACUGUGGGAAUAGUUUCCGGAAGUGAGGAUUACGACGUACUAAAAGUUUCUUGCAGAGAAAUCUUUGCUGAAAUCAAUGAUCUGGUUGAGCAUGGUGAAAUUGAGGUGGAUGGCCAUCAAAUACCUCUGGAAUUUUAUCUGUCUGGUGAUUAUAAGUUUCUUCUUCUGGUUCUUGGAAUGAACAACGCAAUAUCUGAUUAUGCAUGCAUUUACUGCUUGGUCCACAAAAAUGAAAGGUGGGAUACAUCAAAAGUAGAGGAUUACUACCAUAAUAGUAAGAAUACAAGAACACUUAGUAGCAACAGAACCAUGGCCUGCAAGUCCUCAUCGAACUAUGGUUGCAUCAGAAAGCCAUUGCUCAGUAUCCCAAUUCAGAAUGUCAGAAUCGACGAACUUCAUUUGCUUCUCAGGAUAACUGAUAUUUUAGAACGUAACAUAAUAAACGAUGCAAUUGAGCGUGAUGUUGAAGAGAACCUUAAUAGAGCACCAUCAGACAGGGAAAAUAAACACCUACAAAAUGUUGUUGAAGCCAUCAAUAACUGUGGUGUAAGCUUUAGUGUAUGGAAAAAGAAGAACGCCGAUGGGACUGACAGUGGAAUGCAUGACUGGACAAGCAUGGUUGGCAAUGAGAAGAAAAAAGUUCUUGCAAAGCUGCCUGCACAGUUCCCAAACAUUCUCGAACCAAACCAUUGUGAUACAAUUACAGAAAUAUGGCAGGAAUUUCGUGAACUAUAUGGAAUACUAUCAUCAUGGAAGCCUUCUGAGGCAGAUAUAGAUGGAUUUUUUGGGAAGGCCAAGAACUGGGUAGAGCUAUUCCUGUCUCUUGGUGGAAAAGUGAUGGGCUAUGAAAAGGCUAGAAUAACACCAUAUAUACACAUAUUGCUUUAUCAUGUACCCAGAUUCAUCAAAGAUGAAAAAUCUUUGAAAUCAUUUACUGGGCAAGGAAUUGAAAAGAUUAAUGAUGUGGUUCGGGCAAUUUAUCAUAACAAAAGCAACCGGCAUGAUGCUUGCAAAGAGGCAAUACUGGCGCUUCGAAGAAUUGAUAAUCUUCAGAAUUUUGAACGAAUCCCACACCAAUACAAGAAACAAGACAAUACCUAUUGGUCAAAUGAAAUAUUUGAGCAGAGAAGAAAAAACCGCGUCUUUGUGUAGAUCCAAGAGAAGACGAGAACGAUCAAGAUCAAUUAACCCCACAGGAUGUAGACAGCAUGAGUUUAUGUGAAGUGAAAGAAAAACUAAAAGAAAUGAAAAUAAAAACAAAACUACGAAAGCUUGACAAAUUGAAGGAACUUUUAAAAAGCACCAUUUUGGGUGCUGCAUGCACCUAAGUACAAGUACAAGUGUACAACUAUAUUUUAAAGUGUCUCGGCACUACAUGCUCGUCUUGAGAAAUGAAUUUUAGCUUUCUCAAUGGGCAUUCUCUUUGCU